AUGGUGAACGUUCGCUCGCGCAAGUUUUGCUGCUGCUUCCCGGUGCGAUUUGGGGUCUUUGUCCUGUCGAUGUUCGCGAUGAUCGGGGGCUCCUUCGUAGCUGCGAUCGGUUGGAUUCAAGUUUCGCAACUGAAUGAAAACCCCCUACCCGUGAGUGACCAGAUUGCGCUCUACAUCCACUCGGGCAUCUUCACGGUCCUCGCCCUCCUUGCCGUCUUCGGCUUCUUCGGCGCCCUCGUCCGGAACCGCAGCCUCACCUCCGCCUUCGCCAUCGCACUCGCCGUGCACCUCGGGUUCAGCGUCGCCUCAGGCAUCUUCACGCUCGUCACGCUCUUCAAGCAGGACCCGCAGGUCACGCUCGCCAAGUGCCUCAACGGCGUCUCUGUCGCCGACGCGGGCGAGGCCAAGGUCGAGGUCUGCAAGAGCGAGGUGGCGAUCUUCAAGGGCGUGAUGGUCGCUGCGUAUGUCAUCACCUGGCUCAUCCAGCUCUACGCAUACAUCAUCGUAGAACGCUACGUCGACCAGCUGGACGAGGAGGCAGAUGCAGCGAACCCGGUCGUCAUCCCGCGCUCGACGGUCGUCGAGAUCACGAACCCGCAGGUCACGACGUACAACGGCUUCCAGUCGUCCUACCCGUUCUCCACGCCCCACCAGGCGUACGGCGUUACCCGCGGCCAGGACCCGGCGACUAACAUGGUCUAG